UAUACCUUAAUAUCUCAAGAUAUGGACAAGAGAAGCUUCUUACAUGCUUUGAAAUGGCAAGUAAUAUUAUCCUUUCUUUGUAGCUGGGGCUGGGUCUCUGGGCAGCUUCGCUAUUCUAUUGCCGAGGAGUCAGAACUAGGCACGCUAAUAGGGAAUGUAGCUCAGGAUCUUGGAAUAAGCCUUACAUAUAUAAAUACAAGACUGAUGAGUUUGAGAUCUGAAGGGAGCAGCAGAUUUUUUUCUUUAGAAAGUGGAGCUUUGAUUGCAAAACGGAGGAUUGAUAGAGAAAGUCUGUGUGGAUCCAGCUCAGACUGUUUACUAUAUAUAGAAAUAAUAGUUGAAAAUCCAUUGGAACUGUUCAGUGUAGAAAUCGAAAUUUUGGAUAUAAAUGAUAAUUCUCCUGUAUUUUUAAAGGCUAAUCAAGUUUUAAAAAUAUUAGAAAUAGUAGCUAAUCCUGGGAAGAUAUUCCAUUUAGAAACAGCAGAGGACCAAGAUGUUGGUAUUAAUGCUGUCACACAGUACAGAUUGAAUCCAAACCCUUAUUUUUCUUUGUCUGUUAAAAAUCAGAAUGAUGGAACUCUAAUUCCUGAAUUAGUGCUAGAAACAAUUUUAGACAGGGAAGAAAAAAAAGAGCACAAACUUAUACUUACUGCUACUGAUGGUGGAGAAAACCCACGGAGAGGAUCUUGUGAGGUUACUGUUAUAGUUCUAGAUAUUAAUGACAAUGCACCAGUGUUUGAUCAAUCAACAUACAAGAUCAGUUUAUUGGAGAACCUCCCAUUAAACACAGUUAUAAUAAAACUCAAUGCUACAGAUUUAGAUGAAGGCUCAAAUGGGGAUGUUCAAUAUUCCUUUGUUCAAAACAGAUUAAAUACAGCAACAGAAAUAUUUGAUUUAAAUCAACAAACAGGAGAAAUAUUUGUUAAGGGGAAUAUAGACUUUGAAAAAUCACAAUUUUAUGAAUUAAAUAUAAGAGCAACAGACAAAGGAGUGCCUGAAUUAGAGGGACGCUGCAUUAUUCAGAUUCAAGUACAAGAUGUGAAUGAUAAUACUCCAGAAAUUAUUUUUACCUCCAAGUCAAAUGAAAUACCAGAAAAUGCACCACUGGGAACUGUUGUUGGCUUUAUCAGCGUUAGAGAUAAAGAUUCAGGGAGAAAUGGAGAGAUAAAAUUAGAUAUAUCAUCGGAUCUACCUUUUAAAUGCCAAUCCUUUAAAAAUCGAUAUUCAUUAGUCACUAGUGGAUAUCUUGAUAGAGAAAAGGUCUCCCAAUAUACUAUUCAGCUUACUGCUUCUGAUUUAGGUUCUCCACCUUUGUAUAACCAGACUAUAAUCAUACUAAAUAUUUCUGAUGCUAAUGAUAAUCCUCCAACAUUUCUGCAGUCAGUUUACAAUGCUUUCAGUAAAGAAAACAAUGAACCAGGACGAUUAUUGUGCUCUGUAUUUGCUACUGAUCCUGAUGAAGGAGCUAACUCAGAUGUGACAUAUUCUAUAACAGAAAGCCAAAUAGAUGGUUCAGCUGUAUCUUCGUUUGUGUACAUUAACUCCCAAAAUGGUAAUAUUUAUGCUCAGCGUACUUUUGACUAUGAGCAGUUUCAAGUUUUACAAAUUGCAGCAAAAGUGGAAGAUGCAGGAUCUCCCAAAUUAUUUUCCAAUGUCUCAGUCUUCAUAUUCAUUAUAGAUGUAAAUGAUAACAACCCAUCAAUAUUAUAUCCACAAUAUUCAACUGAUCUGCUUACCCAAGAAAAUAUUCCAAGAUCAGCAUCAGUUGGUUAUCUGGUCACAAAAGUGUCUGCAGUGGAUCAGGAUUCAGGUCACAAUGCUUGGAUUGUCUAUAGUCUUCUUAAAUCUACAAGUAAUAAUUUAUUUCAGAUUUCGGCAUACUCAGGAGAAAUAAGAACUAUACGUGACAUCCAUGAUGCAGAUAAUACUGAGCAACAGCUUGUUGUUUUAGUCAAUGACCAUGGACAGCCAUCUUUAUCAACGGAAAUCACCAUAGUUGUAAAUAUCAUUGACAGAAUUGUAGAUGAAAGACCAAAAUCUCAGGAUAGUUUUACAAAUUCUAAACCCCAACCAGACAUAACUUUAUACCUAAUUAUUUCACUGGUGGCAAUCAGUUUGGUUUCACUUGUAACCUUUGUCAUAUUGCUUGUGAAAUGCUUAAAAAAAGGAAAUUAUGACAGUUGUGGAUCUUGUAUUUUGAACAAAUCCCAACCCAAGCAGUAUGCAGGAGAGUAUCAGCCAACACUUUUCCUGAACACAGAUGGAACCUUAAAAUACAUGGAAGUGAGGAUGGCACCUACAGAACCUCAAGGGCAAUGCUACCAGGCCUGUUUCCCUACAGCAUCAGAAAACAAUGAUUUUACCUUUAUGAAACCACUAAAUUUCCCACAACUGAAAGAAAUGGUCAAUGAAACAGGGUCUACUUCUGAUUUAAAUUAUUCUCCCAAACCAAAUCAGGUGAGGUGA